CCCAACAAAAAAGAGUUCCUCAUCUCUCUGUAUUAUUAUUCCUCCCAAAAACCCCUAAAAAACCCUCGUCACCUCUCAACAAAUCCAUGAAGCUCCUCCGUCAAAUCUCCGCAAAUCGCCAGUCACUACUCGCAGCAAUCGGCCGUCGUCACUUCGCCGUUUCCGCCGAUGAAUACGCCAAGAGAAAUUACGCUAACAAUGUGUCGGAAUACAACACUGUUAUCGGAUCUAUUACUUCUCAACGAAGGAAUUGGUUGUUGAGAGAUGUUUAUGAUGAUAUGAUGCUGGAUGGAGUGAGGCCGGAGAAGGAUACGUUUCGUGCGUUGAUUGCCGGGAGUAUGAAAGGCGUCCGGUUGCAGGAUUGUUUCUUUUUUCGUGAUGAAAUGAAGUCCAUGGGUUUGAUACCUGAUGUUGUUUUGUACAACUUCAUGAUCUCAACAUGCGGGAAGUGUAAGAAUUCUGCUGAGGCAACACGGAUAUUUGAAGAAAUGAAGAAGCUUGAAGUAAAGCCUAAUGGACAGACAUUUAUCUGUUUGAUUAAUGCAUGUGCAGCCUCUGGUCGAGUAGAUCAAGUAUAUGCGAUUAUUCGUGAUAUGACUGCCGCUGGUCUUGGUUUAAACAAAUUUUGCUAUGCGGGGCUCAUCGCUGCACAUAAGAACAAGACACCAUUAGCAGAGGACACAUCUGCCAAGAUUCUGGAGCUGGUUGAGCAGUCUAAAGGGUGGUCUUCGAUAGAACAGACAAGGGACAGCGCUGAAAAUGUCAUGAUGGGCAUUACCGAGGAAGAGUUGUACAAUAUUCCUACCGCUAACUAUGUUCACCGCAGGGGUGGUUUUGUGCUAAGAUUCCUUACGGUAUAUCAUGUUGCUUUUCACGCUUGUGCUGACCUCAAGGAUGUUCAGGCGGUGGAUACUCUUCAGGAGAUGCUAAAGAAGGACAACAGAACUCCCGAUGUUUUCAUAUUGAUGCAUAUUAUGAGGUGUUACCUAAAUUGUGGAGACAUUGAUCGUGGGCUUAAAGUCUUUGAAGAGUACAUGAGCUCAGGCAGCCCAGCUGUGCCAGAGCUCUAUGCUACACUUAUAGAGGGAGCCAUGACUGGCUACACUGCAAAGGGUAUGGAAAUAGCUCUCGACAAACUGAAAGAGAUGCUUUCUAGGAACUUUAACCUGAAUCCUGCAACAGGCAAUGCCCUUCUCCUUGUUGCUUCUGGUGAAAAGACUGGGGGAUACACGAUUGCUAAUAUGGUAUGGGAUCUGAUGCAAGCACGUAAUAUAGUUCCAUCUCUUGCUGCUUGUCAAGCGUAUCACAAUGGCUUAAAGGAACGAGAGAUACCUGAAGACGAUCCAAGACUGAUGUUGGUGUCGCGUACUCUCGACAAUUUGCGUGGAAGAUAUGGGAGGACUCCGACUAACUUUGGAGGCAGAAGAUGAUGAUAAAGGUGUGUUUUAUCAAGUAUUUGUUUUUGUUGUACUCUAGGCACAAGUUUUGAUAGUUACUUUGGGUUCUUAAUUUUUGUUCCUCAUGAAUUUGACCAAAAGUUUCUUCUUUUUCAAGAUUUUCCGCUUUGCAAAUAAAUGGUAAUACAAGUCUUUGUUGCCCUUUUAAAA